CGCGCAGAGGUAAGCGCGGGGAGCGGGAGCUGCAAGGGGUGGGGGACAGACAGAGCCCCGGCGAGAGUCCUCCCGAAACGCUAAAGGUUGUUCAUCUUCAAGGAGGAGCAACACCCAAACUGAAGGGAAAUACGUUGUGCAGAAAAUUAGGAAAGCUCCUUUUUUUUUUUUUUUUUUUUUUUUUUUUUUUUUUUUUCCUUUGGAGAAGCUGAUUUCCUUCGGCAAGUGGGGAACGGUGGAGAAAAUGAAGCCGAGUCCUCGAUUUUUCUUAGCUGGUUUUCUGUCUUUGAUUCUGCAGACGGGGCUUUGCUAUGGGAUAAAAUGGAUAGCUCUAUCUAAGACUCCUUCGGCUUUGGCCCUGAACCAAACCCAGCAUUGCAAGCAGCUCGAAGGCUUGGUGGUUUCCCAGGUACAGCUGUGCCGCAGCAACCUGGAGCUAAUGCAGACCAUCAUCCAGGCAGCACGGGAAGUGAUAAAGACCUGCCGUAAAACUUUCUCAGACAUGCGAUGGAACUGCUCUUCCAUUGAGCUGGCUCCUAACUACCUGCUGGACUUAGAGAGAGGCACAAGGGAGUCAGCAUUUGUGUAUGCCCUUUCUGCCGCUGCCAUCAGCCACACCAUUGCCAGAGCCUGCACCACCGGGGACCUCCCUGGCUGUUCCUGUGGUCCCAUCCCAGGUGAGACACCUGGACCUGGGUAUCGAUGGGGAGGAUGUGCAGACAACCUCAACUAUGGUCUUAUCAUGGGGUCCAAAUUUUCAGAUGCUCCCAUGAAGAUGAAAAAAUCAGGAUCACAAGCCAAUAAACUGAUGCAUCUGCACAACAGUGAAGUAGGGAGACAGGUCUUGAAAGCCUCUCUUGAAAUGAAAUGUAAGUGCCAUGGAGUUUCUGGGUCAUGCUCUAUCAAGACCUGUUGGAAAGGCCUUCAAGAGCUGCGAGACAUUGCACUGGACCUCAAAAACAAGUAUUUAUCAGCCACCAAGGUCGUUCACCGGCCCAUGGGCACACGCAAAUACCUCGUGCCAAAGGAUAUUGAUAUCAGGCCGGUUAAAGAGACAGAGCUGAUUUACCUGCAGAGCUCGCCUGAUUUCUGCAUGAAGAAUGAAAAAGUGGGGUCGCAUGGGACCCAGGACAGGCAAUGCAACAAGACCUCUAACGGGAGUGACAGUUGCGACUUGAUGUGCUGUGGCAGAGGCUACAACCCCUACAUGGACAAAGUGGUGGAGCGAUGCCACUGCAAGUACCACUGGUGCUGCUAUGUGACCUGUAAAAAGUGCGAGAGGACUGUCGAAAGAUAUGUGUGCAAAUGAAAACCCUCCUCUCUCCACCCGGGAGCUGAGACGCCAGCGGCACCCCAGCACUAUUCAGAGAAGAGAAAACAUUUCCUCGACUAGACAUCGUUUAUCUUGUAAAGACACAGACUUGAAGAAAGAUGGUAGGAGGGAAAAAAAAAAAAAAAAAGGCAAUCACACCAGUAAAAAUAAGACCCUUAAAAAAAAAAAAAAAACCAACCCACAAAUGCUUCCCCCCACCAAUAAAAUGCUCUCUGAGAAGACAAAAACUCAUUUGGGAUGGUAUCUUCUUCCAAAAUAUAGCCUAUGGUUGCCAGUGACGUCCGGCCAUCAAGUGCCUUAGUAUUUUGAGAAACAAAAGUAGAAACUUUCCCCGGGGAAGAAAAACAACUCUUGUUUGAAAAUAACUAAGGCUCACACCUGCCUAUGCCUUCUAGCACAGGUAGAGUCUGCCUUAGGACCAUCCCAGAAGGGAAAAUGCUACAACUUUUCAACAACUGCCUUUGUUGCCAAAGACUUAAUUUUUUAGCAGGGAAGCAUCCACUCUGGAUGAUAAAGGUGGAAAGAUUUCAGGUCAAUCCCCUGAAACGAACAACUCAUUUUGACCUUUCUUUUACACAGGUCUGCGACUUUGGAGUUACUGCUGCAGGAAAAGCUGUCCUUGGUUUGUUCAGGCUGGAUGGGGUUUCAAAUUCAGCCAUGCAAACAAUCCCCUGGGAUCCCAGAGGUAGUAAGAGUAGGGUACCCUGGGAAGGACUUUAUAUUGUCCAUGAGAUAGUAGUGGAGCUGUUAGGAUAAAAUAACAAGCUGAAGUCAAAAUCCAGUGGGAAAGUAAAAAAACAAAAACAAAAACAAAAACAAAACACCAACCAACAACAACAAAAAAACCCCAGCUCCUGCUUUUUUUCUCUCUUGCCCUUUGGGUGUGAUGCCCUUAGUCACCAAUGUUCUGCCACAUUGGGCCAUCAAGUCCUUAGGGAAAUAAGCCGCUGCCUCUUCCCCCAACAAAACUGUCAAACCAGCCCCAAGAAACUGCAGAGAGUGGAGAAGGUCUAGUCCCGGCUGUAGGGAGUGCAGCCGUGCAGGGCAGCAGCUAUUCCCAGCAGAAGGGAAUGGGAACAUGCCAGUCCUUCACGUGGCCCUGCCCUGACACAGCAGAGAACCACUAUCUGUGGCUGUACAUAUUUUCUUUUGUAUGCGGAUAUACAGAAAUAUUUAUAAGAUAUAUCUUGUGCUUUCGUCUACUCUACUUCCUACAUAAAUAUAUCUAUAUAUUAUAAACAAGCAUUAACAAUAGUAUGAAAUAAAUGCUGAAGUUACUGGUGCAACAGCAAAAUGUUAGAUUAUUAUGUUUCACUCUCCUACUUGGAAAGCAACCCUGGUUUUCCUCCCAAGGACAGGAGAAGAGCAUGGCUCGAGGUACUUGCUGGCGUGGGAUAGAUAAGUUCCUUUAUUCCCUGUCUCCCCAGCCUCUUCAUUUUGAGCAGAAUUAGCCAAGAUUACACUCAAGACAACAAAAUAGAGCACUUGUAGAAAGGAAGAGUCACCGUUCUUGUUUUGCUUUUUAUAUCAGCAGUCACUCUCAUUGGUAAAAUAUCCCAGUGCUCCCAAGGAGCUUAAAACCAAACGUGACUAAUACCUCCCAUGGGUGGUUUGCUACUCACUCCAGCAUGUAGAGAGGAGUUGUUGUGCAGGAGAGGUUUUAGCUUAGGUUAAGUUUCUUUUCUUGUGCUUUUUUUUUUUUUUUUUUUAAUUGGGCAUCUAGUCCUGUGUCCCUGUUAGGAAAGGUGACAUUGGAGAAGGAUGUCUGCUCCAGGAGCAGAAGACAGUAGAGCCUGUGAGGUCCUUCAGAUCAUUUUUGGGCACCCCAUUCCCCAAGUGAAGUGCUGUAAGCAGCCAGAAAAUCACUCCUACGCAAAUGUGGAGGGACAGUGGCACUUUCCUAGGGGAAAAUACAUCCAUAACACUGCAGUCUUCCUCUGAAUCCCAUUUUUUCCCCACCCAGCCACUCUCUAGGAGGCAGCUGCCUCUUGACACGUUUCUGAGCAGCCCUGGGGAGCUGCAGGAGAAAAGAAUCAUGAGUUAUAGAGCAAAAUUAGAGAUAUUUUGUUCUCCUCAGAUACUUUGCUUUGCUAUAAGGGGUUUGGUCUCCUCGCCUCAUUCCCUCCCCCGUCCAUGAGCAUGCAAAAAGAGGCCUUUGGUAGUUUGUCAGUGGUUUGUGUUAUUGUCACCCCAUAAAAGCUGGUGGACUAAAACAUCUCUGCAGUGCGGUGUGAUGAGCAGUGGGUGUCUUUAGGCUGACAUGUAGACAGGCUGGUGGCACAAAUCCCGCUGCUCUCCAAAGCCAGAAUUUAGCUUCAUGUGAUACGUAAAGAAAUGGUCUAUUUGCAUUCUUCUAAGGAGUUUUAUUUCCAGUUUCUGAUGAAGCCAGCAAGGCAGGGAUGUUCUGCCUGAAGAAAAAUUUGAGCAUUUCAAUGCUAUUCUGUAAUGAUUCUUUUUCUUGCUCCCUUGCUGAUGUUCUAAGUCUUUCUUCUUGGCAAAAAAAUAGCAAGAUGGAAGAAAUGUUCUAUAUGCACAUUGUUUUUAGCUGUAUUUCACUCCUCCAGUGUCAGACUCAUGUUCCUCAGCUGCUUUUGCCAUGUCAGAAGGAACCAUAACUUUGCAGAGCAUGAAAAGAUGUGAGUAAGCCUACCAGGCAUCUGCAAGUCCACCAGGUGGGAAAUGACCCCUCAGCAGACCUUUAGCCACGGUGGUAGCUCAUGUUUUGUGUCUGCCUCUGCCCACAACUGCCUCUUACUGAAGAUGCUGAACUGAAUUGGCUGCAAUGUUUGGAUGUUUGCAAUUUGGAGGAUCCAGGCUCAAAUUUUCUGCUGGCUCCUCUUGAUAAUCCAUCAUAGGCUUCAACUAAAUUUUGCUUUUUUGAGCUAAGACUCUGUGUGGCCUCAGCCCAUGUCCUAGGCUGUUGGAUACCACUUUUUCUAUAACUCCUAAGUUUCAAGGCCUGUUUCUGGAGCAGCUGCACCUUGCAUUAGCAAUAGGCCUAGGGCUAUGUGCUUCACCACGAUGGGAGUCAUGCACAAGUCAAGGUCUGAUAAACUACAGCCUCCCUUGUUACACAGCCUUAUUUCACCCAGCAAAUUAGGGUCAUCUCCUUCCUGAUGCUCUGGCAUUUUCUAAUUUUUCAGGAAAUGGCUUUCUAUGAGAAGGAGACAGCAUUUUCUGUCUUUUAUUCCUUUUAAUACAAACUAGGAAUAAAAAGAGAGUCUAUAACAUGAGACCAUACUGGUGGAACAACUCAUAGUGCAUCUUGCUCCUUGCAACUUGGCUCUGAUGCUUUCCUCCUGGCAUCAGCAGCAAACCACAGAGAAGUCAGAAGAGAGAAGUGUCCUUGCUCUCAACUGCAAUUCUUGGUGCAACAGGAGUCCAAAAUGUAGCUGCCAAAUUAUUUUCUGUGCAUGUGUGGUCUGAAAGAUAUUUAGGAGAACAUUUGCCACAAACCAGUUUUGCAAGGAAAAAAAAUAUCCUUGAAGGCAGGGCAAGACCUUCAUGUACCAGUCUCCUUCCCUCCCCCAGCCCCUCAGCAACCAGUUUUCAAGGCUUUGCUUCAAAACACCGAGGCCUUUCAGCUUCUGAAUGAAAUAGCUCUUGUUAUUGUGAAUGUCUCUGUCAGGUGAUGCUACAAUUCCCUCUCUUAUAAAAUGCCCUACCAGAUCCUAACAGCUGGUAUAAUUUGGUAUAGCUCCAUAUCCUAUCACACAGCUCUGUUGAUUUACACUAGCUGGGAAAUACAUCUGGGAUAUAUUCCCAUAAAUUCUAUUAUUUCAAAAUAUUACACUAUUACCCCUGAGGGAAAAAGGCAAGCUAUCUUGAAACGUAUUAUGUCGGUGGCUUUGUAGCAUUUAUUCAUUUGAAAAAAUAUCUGUGAUUUAAUAAAACAGUUUGGACUUAAUGUUAUUUCCAAAUCUGAGUAUUUAGACCUUGCAUGCAUCCAGCUGGCUUUAUAUUUUUUGAUGAAUUCCCCGCCAUCCUCACCCCCUUCCAGUUUUAUAUCAUUUGGGUUGCUCCCUAAGGUAAGCAAACGACAUUCAUUAUAGAAAACCCACCCGAUUGUUUAGUUUAGUCUGCAAAACGGGAAGUAUCUUAAUCAUGCUAAAGCAGACAGCCCACGAGUGUUUCAUGUGCUGCUAAAAAAGCCCUUGCUGAGAGCAACGGGGGUGGGGAUAGGAGGCAAAAAUCUGAAUACAAUUAAAAGCUCCUUUGUCAGGGAAGUGAUAAGAGUCCCUGAAGGACCAUCCCUUUUCCUGCUAAAAAACAGAUCCCUGUAGACACCCAUUAGCAUCCUCCAAGAGAGCUGGGCUUGCACUGCCCAGCUCUGGCUACCUGCUCUGGGAAGAUGCUGGGAGGAAGCUCUGGAGGUACUUGGGGAUGUGAGGAGUGAGAGGAAAAUUCAGCCCUGGGAUUGCUUGUCCUUAACACCCUCAGCCCACCACGAAGGAUUUGCCUUCUCUGCAUUGACCAGAGGGUGGUGAAGCACCAUCGCUUUGCUCCCAAGAGCAAACAGAGAGGAAUGAAUUUGUCCUCCACACUUGGGAGACGGAGCAGAAAGGAGGAUUUGGGAGAAGGGGAGAAAGAACAGGAAACUUAAAAUCCACCUGAGAUUAAUUAUUUUAACAUGUACAACAUGUUAUGUUUUGUUUUGUUUUGUUUUCCCCUCAGGACCAGUUUCAUCAGACAGACAAAGUUUGAUUAAAUAUCUCAGCAGAGCUGUGGUUUAUUCAUCUAGAGCAAAAGUUACCUGCUAUUCAGGGAGGCAGCAUUAGUUUUAUUUUCUAAUUAUAAGAGCAACAAUAAUAAUAAAAAUAAUAACAUAGGUA